GCCAAAGCGGCAGGCAUGGAUGUGGCCUGGUUUCCUCUAGCGGCACGGCCGUAGUUGGAAAGGCCUCCCCAAGUACCCCUGCCCUGGUGGUCUAGGGCUCCGGCGGGUGGUCCCUAGCGCCACUGUGCUGCACCACAGAUCCAUCCACAGGGGGGGCCUCCACCCCUGGAACAUAAAUAAUUUCAGUUAUGCUAGAACAGCGCAGGUGUUCGCUAUAACUAAUUUAGGCGAGAGUUUUAUUUGCUGGCAUCGGUGUCGUUCCUUCAUUUACUUAUGAUCUUGGGGGCUGCGCAUCCUACACGCAGCGUGUACAUUCGUACACGAAUCGAAUCUAAUCAAAUCGUAUUCUUAAUCGAAUCUCAGCGAUCGCACUCGAAUCUCUUCUCUCUCUGCUCUUGGUAUACUAUCGAAUCAUCUUUCUCAUUUCUCUUUUUCCACUCCCUCCCUCCCUUCUUUCUGGUAAUCCAUUCACACUCGCCCCUCGCGGCGUCGAACGCACAGCCUAUCUUCCUUCAGAUUCUAUCUCAAAUGGUCAUUUGAUAUUCAUCUUCGUGCGAUUCGAUGCCGCUAGUGGGCUAGUCUGGAUGGCUAACCCUCUAGCAAAAUAAACUCUCGCUCUGAUUGGCAGCACCUGGACUCUCGUCCUCUAAUAAGGAAGACGAUGACGAUAAAUUUGCACGUGACCACUAUACUUGGUUAGUACGUAGGCACUAGUGGUACAUCGCCUACCUCGCUGAUUCGUAUUUUUUUACACUUCAUUGAUAGUUGACUCUUACUGUCUAACUCCAACCCAUAUCCAACAUGACAAUCACCACAGGUACCUCAUCAAGAUCCUAAAGAGCUAAAACGAGCCGCAACACUUACGGGCGGUUGCACGUAAGCAAAAUGUCCUGGCGCGGCUGAGAGACUACGCAAUCGCAAGAAUAGAGUAGAUGAUGAAUAAGUUUAUGUUGUCCUUCUUGGGGGUGAAGACAGGAAAGAUUCAGCUUUGAGCAUGAAAGCGUAACACGUAGUGGUACAGCUGAAGCAGGCGGAAGCUUGGUAGCUCUCGUGUGCUUAGUGAUGCAUCUACUUCAAGAAAAAAUCUGACCGUUUUCGAUGUAAUAAAAAUAGAAAUGUUAGUUACUGUCACAUGAUCAAGAAAAAGAGGAAUUAUGAUGAA